CAUUGUUUGUGGCUCAGUUAGUCAGUGUUGCUCUGCACCGCCGGGCGGAGAGAGCGACGGGAAAGAGGAAAAUGGCGGACGGCGUGGAUCACAUCGACAUCUACGCCGACGUAGAGGAGGAAUUCAACCAGGAAGCUGACUACCCAGUCCACGAACAGAUUGACCUGUAUGAUGAUGUAAUAUCCCCAUCAGCCAACAAUGGUGAUGCUCCAGAAGACCGCGACUACCUGGACACACUGCCUACACCAGGUGGCUCAGAGGGAGGGAAGAGUUCUCAGCCCAAUGUGGUGUACACUUACACAGGCAAAAGGAUUGCCCUGUACAUAGGAAACCUCACAUGGUGGACGACAGACGAGGACCUGACAGAAGCUAUCCGGUCAGUAGGCAUCACAGAUGUGCUGGAGAUCAAGUUCUUUGAAAACCGAGCCAAUGGCCAGUCAAAAGGGUUUGCACUGGUGUGUGUGGCCUCGGAGGCAUCAUCCAGGAAGUUAAUGGAGCUGCUGUCGAAGAGGGAGCUCCAUGGUCAGAAUCCCAUCGUCACGCCGUGCAACAAACAGUCCCUCAGCCAGUUUGAGAUGCAGUCACGCAAAAGUUGGUGUGGAAGUGCGCGAUCAGAUGGUACCCAGUCAGGCCAGAUGUCUGGGGAAGGUAAAGCUGGCCCCCCUGGCGCUGGCCCUCGUGGGGGUUUCCCCAUGGGUCGAGGCAGAGGCAGGUUUCCUGGACCACCUGGCCCAGGUGGAGACCGCUUCCCUGGUCCUGUUGGGCCUGGAGGACCGCCACCACAUUUCCCUGGCCCAGGGAUGAGACCAGAUCUGAUUAGGCACCAAGAUGGCCCUCUGAUGGAUAUGAGUUUCAAUCCCUUCCCGCCGGGGGGCAGGAACGGGAGCUGGCGUGGCAGAGGUGGAAUGCAGGGUCCCCCACGUCCCCCUCCCGGUCCACCUGGUCCUCCAGGGCCUCCACCUCCUGGCCAGGGCCUCCCCCCUCCCCUCGCUGGUCCUCCAAAUCGUGGGGACAGGCCUCCUCCCCCAGUUCUCUUCCCUGGUCAGUUUGGCCAGCCUCCAAUGGGACCCCUACCCCCAGGCCCACCUCCUCCAGGUUAUGGCCCUCCCCCUGGUCCCCCACCCCCUCAACAGGGCCCACCACCCCCAGGACCCUUCCCUCCACGCCCCCCUGGCCCCAUUGGGCCCCCCAUGGCUUUGGCGCCACCUCCACACAUGCCAGGUCCCCCACCAGGUGGACCACCACCAGCACCCCAUGUCAACCCUGCCUUUUUCCCCCCACCUGGCAACAACAACAUGCCCCCCAACGACAGCCGAGGCCCCCCUGGACCAAACGACCCAUACGGACGCCCGCCACCAUAUGAAAGAGGGGACUAUGGUCCUGGAGGCCGGGAGAUGGAGGCGUCACGGACCCCUCUGAGUGAGGCAGAGUUUGAGGAGAUCAUGAACAGAAACCGAGCCAUCUCCUCCAGUGCCAUAUCUAGAGCAGUGUCUGAUGCCAGUGCAGCGGACUAUGGAAGUGCUAUAGAGACCUUGGUGACAGCGAUUAGUCUGAUUAAGCAGUCCAAAGUGUCAGCAGACGACCGCUGUAAGGUCCUCAUCAGUUCCCUGCAGGACUGUCUUCACGGCAUUGAGUCAAAAAGUUACGGUUCCGCUUCCAGUCCAAUGAUGCUUGUCCAUGCCAGGCGAGAACGUUCCAGGGAACGAGACCACAGCCGCUCUAGAGAAAAGAGCCGGCGUCACAAGUCCCGCAGUCGUGACCGGCAUGAGGACUAUUACCGAGAACGCAGCCGGGAGCGGGACCGUCAUCGGGAGAGGGACCGUGACCGAGACCGGGAGAGGGAGAGGGAGAGGGAGUACAGACACCGCUAAGCGAGAAGGGAGCUUACGAGGAUCAAGGAUGGAUGUAAGGAAAAGGGGAAAGAAUUUCAAUGCGCCACCACCUCCCUACCCUGCAUGACCGGACAGGAUUACAACCACCACCUCUUCCUCCAUCUCUCCUCUCCACCCAUCCAUCUCUCUUGUCUGUUCAUCUUUGCUGCCUGAAUAAGAGCAGUGGAUGGAAGACCCUGACCUGUGUAAGGCUAUGUUAUCCAAACAUCUAUACUCAUGGUAACUAAAGAUGAAAGAAAAAAAACUUUCCAAACAGUUCUUUUAUUUUUAUGGUUUUAUUUGACAUGAAGAUGACUGUGUGAUGCUUUUUUGCAAAGAAACAAUAAAUUGUCCCUCACAUCCCCAACUAAAAGACAUAAACAUUACAUCCUUUUUUCUUUUUUCCCCCUGGCUCGCUGUACUGUGUACAUUCAGUUUAGUUUUUAUAGGGUACAUAUUUGAUGUGUUCUCCCACCCCUCUUGCUCAUUUUCAUUUAUUCUUUUCGUUGUUAGAAUGUUUGUAAAUGUCUCUGCUUUGAUUGAAAACUAGAUGGUGUUGUAAUAAAAAAUGUUAACUGAGGUUCUCAAUGAAUUUGGUGAAUUCCUCUAUAUGUUUGGCUCAUUUAUAUUAAAUGUGUAUUUUGGACUGCAAACUAAUUUUCAUAUUAAAUUGGUCUAUGAUUAGAUUAUAUAUUUGUAGCUGUAUUAGCAAGCGGCUUUAUGGUUAGAACAUUUUUUUUGUUAUUCAAAUGGUUUAAACGUUUACAAGGUAAGACAAAUUAGACAAAUGUACUUUAUUUGGAAUGUGAAUUGAUGGGUGGAUGGGAAGACGUAUACCUUGAAGAAAUGGAAGGUCUAAAUGUACAUGCAGCUCUGAAUAAUUUUGGUCAACCCUGGACAACCCACCGUAAACUAAAAAAAAAAUGAAAAUACUGUUCAGUGUAAUCACACUGAAUGCCUAUUAUACCAAGAACAUCCAAAUUGUCUUUGAAAUGUAUGUUGAUGUGAAAUAGUCAUUGUUGAUUUAGUAAUCCAAUCGAGCAGCCAUUGUAGUUGCAUGGUUGGUGGCAUUGAUAAUGCUUCAAAUAUCAAUUAAUCUCAUUUGGUGAUUUGCCAUUUCAAGUAAAUGCUUUUUUGCUCCUAUGUUCUACACCGAGCAUGUUUUGUAUGUUCAUUUUUAGGACUACGCUGUCACACCAGGUAAACUUUUGAACACGGCGUAAGGGAACCCAUUUAGUGCUACUGGCUCUAUAUAUGCAAUUUAUUAAAUAUGCACCAUAACAUUGUCCUCAUAUGCAAGGCAAUGUCUUUCAUUCCACCAUGUUCAGGUCUUGCACUUUUGUUGAAAUAGACUCACUUUGUGAUACAGAGCUUUUGGUUUUUAGUAUUUAAGAUCGGUUUGGAAAAUAUGCUCAGUUACAUGUCUGUUUUUUUUACUGUCUGGUCAAUAUUUACAAAAAAAUAUUAGGCCUAGAUGACCUAAUAUGGGGGAGGGGGUGCUAUUACAGUUAGUUCCUUUUGCACUCCCUAACUUUGUUAGGGUUAGGAAUAUGGAUUUAAAAAAAAGUCCUGUUUAUAUGGUCCACAAUAACUCAGUUUACUCUAAGAAUAAUCCUCGUGUUAUUUUUUUGUCUUCAUGGAGAUUAGUGGUUUCCUUGUCAAGAUUUAUUUAUUUUUUCUUUUGUUUGUUUUUUGUCCGUCAUCUCGGUUCAAAUUCAUGGCCAUCCCCUGAAAUAUUUCAUGUCAAAGUAUUUGAUUGUAAAGAUUGUGGACCCUACUGCUACAGGAAUUACUCUGAACUUUGAUGAAAAGAUGUGAAUCAGACUGUAACAUCAUCCAAAUGUUUUUAAUACCCUAAUGAUGCUCUUGAUUGUAAUCUUAUUUAACAGUAUACUUUAAAGAGUGUUAUAUAUUCACAUAUAUUAAUUAAUUUGCUCCCAUAACCUUGUAAAUGAGUAAUGAAGCCUUGUAAAUUGGGUUUUUGUACAAAAAAUGUGAAAAGUGGAACAUUUUGCACUUAAGGGGGAAAACUCGCUUUCCCCUCUUCUGUUGUACCUAUAAGGGCUUGAUGCCUUACAACUUUGAUUCUUUUAUGUACAUUGACUUUUGUGAUCUGAGCAAACUCUCAAUAUCAGCCUGAACAGAUGUCUAAUCAGCCAGAAUAAGAACAUGUUUGUGCAAGGUUUUCAGUAAGAAUACUUAGGUGUCACUUUGCCUUAUGCUGACUUCUCUCCACAGAACUGAAGGUAAGUGUUUAAGUUCUACAUCACGACAAGUGGAAACAGUCCAGUCCAGAGGAAGUCUGGCUGACUUCUGCAUCUAGCCAGACCAAGACUACCUCUCACAAGCAGCUGGAAAGUAUCUUUUUUGGGGGGGUUUUAGUAUUUGACUUGGACAGUGUAAUGGUAGGAUGUAUUUUCACUCAUUACCUGAUCUUCAGCUACUUUUUUAAUCGCCUGUAACAGAUGUUUAGAAAUUUAGCCACGUGACCCCAAGCUGAAGCUCCACACAGGUGUAAAAUGGGGGAAAUGUAUCACUGUAUUAUAUAACUGGUAAUUUACAGUUGAGUUGUCUGCCUGUAACUGCAAUUGAUCAGCAUAGCUAUGCACUUCUCAGGGCUACAUGACAUUAAAAAAAGAGUUGAGUAUCCAUUAUUGUUACUUUGGUUUUUAGAUUAAUGGGGUAAUUUCUUGAUUAUUUUUAGGGACUUGUUCCAUUUCUUGUUCUAAUUACACAUUUCCAGUCAGGGAAAGGUACAUGAUAGCUAAAAUUAAUCAAAUGGUUAUUGGUCCCAAAAAAUAAAACCUUUCUAAAUGCG